GGUGCAGCACGAAGUUUUAUGUGUCCAUUCAACAUACCGCACGAGCAGUCGAUGGCGUUUUGUUUGCGACCUGAUGUUAUGGAACAUGAUGAGAUGCAGAGUUUCCCGGAAUAUGUCACCGAACCGGUCGCCUAUUUAGCAAUGCGGAAUCUUGUAAUUGCACUUUGGAUUCUCAAUCCUUUCCAGUAUCUUACUGUGGAUUACUGCAUUCCGUUUGUGAUUUGUCGUGGCCUUGCACGUAUUUGGUAUGUAAACGAAUUGAACAGGAUCGUGAGAUUUCUCACACUGAAAUCGCUCAUCAAUUAUGGAGUACUCAAUUUCCCAAAGAUUUCAAUGUUUGCGCCAAAGUAUGAUGUGAGUUUUGACGCGUUUCACUCGGUUAUUAUGUUUUUUUUUAUUUAA